UCCAAACGCACUGCGCGAGGCAGCUGCUCGUCGUCGUCGUCGUCCGCACCGUCGGCACCACUCUCAUCGACAUCUACAACGUCAAAAUGCCAUCCCUUCGUCGCACCGCCUCCUCGCCCUCAGUACGCUCGUCACCGUACGGCUACUCAAGCUCCUUAAGUGGUGCCCAAGCCGCGAGAGGACACGGUCACAGACGUUCCUCGGGGUCCGAAAUAACCAACAGGCGUGUGCUUGCCGAUAUCGAGUGGUGGAGAGUGACGGCCGGCCAAUGCGAGCCCGGUGCUGGUGACCUAGAGUCGGAGGAACGAACCAGUGACGUUGUCCAGAACAAUGUCACUGCUGGCGGCCUUGCAGGCGCCGCCUUUUUUGAACCCAGUAUUGGUGUAGAACACCUAUGGGCACCGUCCGCGUUGUGGCCCACAACAGAUACAUCAUUUUCUGUGCCUGUUGCAGAAUUUGCAGCGCUCUCGAUAGCCCCCCAAACGCCCGUCCGCCGGGCGCGUCACGAUGGCCUGGAAUCCUCGGCCUCAUCCCUGGAAUCCACUCCUGAACCAGCCCUUCUUACGUUCGAAGGUCUUUGCCUUGGCCUGUCAGACAUGGAUAUGCAUGGCAGCUUCUUUGAAGAUGAUGCCCCUCUAGCGUCGGUCUUGCAAUUAGACAGCGGGAUCGCCACAGGAUCCCCAAGACCAUUAACCCGCGCCCACACUUUUGCUGACUGUUUGUCCCUUCAAGACGACUUUGCGAACUGCUUUACCGACUCCCCCAUCCCCCCACUUCUCUCGUUGCCCGCCCUGAUCAACUAAUCCGAGGAGCACACCCAAUCUCAUGCUACCCCUACCAGCAGCAAGCAACUCAACCUCAUAUAUGCAGGCGUCUUUUCUCCUUAAUGCCCUUCGUUUCCCUUUUUCGCGCAACCCAUGCCCACCAC